AGAUAGAGAACGAAGACAAGGCUCCUAUAACAGAAGACCUACCAGAGAUAAUCGACGUAAUUAUUCUCGAUCCAGAAGUCAAGAUCAUCCUCGCAAUAGAAGCCAAUCUCAUGAACGAAACUACUAUUCAUCAA